GGGAUACGCCCCUCCUCCACCACACACACUAACACACGAAAGGACCUGGAAGUACCAGACUUAAAAGAUUUACUUGAGGAGGUCCGGCGGGAGAAGUGAAGAUUGAGGGUGUGGGACGGCGGAGGAGCAACGGUGUCGAUACACCCUUAUCUAUAAAGUGUUACACAUUGUAUCAAUGCACUGUUACUGUAAUGAGAUUUGUUCUUGAAACGCCACCACGUGAGCACCACGCUAUUUCCACAUUUUCAUUUUUUGUGCCCCCUCAGCCCCAAGCGGGGGGGGGGGGGCGUCCGACGAUACUGCUGCUCCCGGACUGCCGAGGACACAGUGUUAGACCUAAAACCCUGGGAAAGCGAGGUCAGAGUCCUGCAUCCGCCCUUCCCGCAACCCGUGGUACCUUUUCCUUCUCCUCACAGCUGAGGGGCUUCCCGGGAGGCUCUUCCAUCGGGCAGGCGACAGAACGAAAAGAGCAGCCGUCGCCGACCCCAGGCCCGCCGACACCGGGACCCAGUUGGCCCUGGGCCGGGGAGGCGCCCCAAGAAAGAAUGGGGAGCCCGGGAUCGCACCCUCAGCGCGCGAUCAGCUGACCCACGCGGGCCAGGCGCGCCCUAAUCUCCGGCCAAUUAAAUCCAAAGUUCGGCCUGCGCACGCGCAGCCAGAGUCGGCCGAGCAGUGGAGCGAGGCCGCCUAAAGGAGAACCGAGCUGUCGAUGAGUCCCUGUGGACCACCUAGAGCGGAAGUGGAGGAGCGGCCGGAAGUAGCCGGAAUCUCAGAAAGACUGACCGACAGACUCUGACAGGAUCCGGGACUGAGGGAAAGAGGCGGCGGCCAUGGAGUUGGGCGAGCUGCUCUACAACAAGUCCGAGUACAUCGAGACGGCAUCUGGAAACAAAGUCAGUCGCCAGUCAGUGUUGUGUGGAAGCCAGAACAUCGUUCUCAAUGGCAAGACCAUUGUGAUGAAUGACUGUAUUAUCCGAGGGGAUCUGGCAAACGUAAGAGUUGGACGUCAUUGUGUUGUGAAAAGUCGUAGUGUCAUAAGGCCACCAUUCAAGAAAUUCAGCAAAGGUGUUGCAUUCUUUCCUUUACAUAUUGGGGACCAUGUCUUUAUUGAGGAAGAUUGUGUGGUCAACGCAGCUCAGAUUGGUUCCUACGUUCAUGUUGGGAAGAACUGUGUGAUUGGGCGCCGAUGUGUGUUGAAAGAUUGCUGCAAAAUUCUUGACAACACGGUAUUACCUCCAGAAACUGUGGUCCCACCAUUCACUGUCUUCUCAGGCUGCCCAGGACUCUUCUCAGGAGAGCUCCCGGAGUGCACUCAGGAGCUGAUGAUUGACGUCACCAAGAGCUACUACCAGAAGUUUUUGCCCCUGACACAAGUCUAGCAAAUCUCUGCCUCAUGUCUUGAAUCUGCUUGAGCUCUAAGAUGAACGUGAGGACAAAGUGAGCCAGUCAGCACCUAGAAAAAACUCUCUUGUCUUUGACAUCUACCACCCUCCUCCUUUUAAAAAAUUUCUUUAGAAUUUCUCAAUCCUCAAGGCUCUAAGCUCUUAAGAAAUUACUAACAGACAGACCAUCUGGAGGAGUUGUCUUCAAAUGCUGUGCUUACACGUUAUCUGUGAACAGUCACUUUGUACCAUUAUCUGUGGAACACAGAAUCAUCUGUUCCCAACGCUCCAGCCCCUUGGUCCUGUGGAUGGCUGGAACCUGCCUGAAACGGACCUGCAGAGCAGCAGCACCCUUCCGGUGUGGAGGCUAUGUAGCUGGUGUGCUGCUCAUGGCCAUACACUACCCAUGCUGAGAGCCUCUCACACAGGUAAUGCCCAGCUUUUCUGCUGCUAACACAUUUGGCCAGUUGUUGGCAAUUGUUCAUAAUCCUGGGAAAGGUGUUUGUGACUUUUCAGAGCCCAGAUUCCUGUUGGCUCUCAAAACUUGAGGGGAGGGGUGAUUAGUGUUUCUCUCUUUCUGUCCCAAAAUGACCUUAGCUGUCCUAGGGUAGUUAGUAAAAGACUUUUUAGCAUUUUGACCUGGGGCCGUUGGCUUUCACUAAAAGUGGGGACCUCAGCAUCCCAGAUUGUAAUUUUGCCAAGUGUUAGAUUUGAGUCUCUCAUGUGGAUGCAUUAGUCAGGCAGUUACUCCUUGCCUCAAGGUACUUACCUUAUUUCAUCGAAGACACCGCAUUUGUGAACUCUUGCUCCCUGACCUAGAACCAUUCAACCUACCCUGUAUUUGCCAUAAACUCCACAAUUCACACCAAAAUGUCUGUACUCAGAGUCCAUUUGCAUAUAUACAUGAAGGGCUCGUAAAAUCAGUUUGUGGGCACAGAGCCCCAGGAGUAAAUGAAGUUGCUAGGGCUGUUCUUACCAUCUCCUUCUGACCAGAUAGCACAAUCUUUCCUGGUUCUGCUCUGACCUGUUAGCUUGGAAAGAAGAUUUAGAAGUUAGGGGCUAAGCAGGUUGUCCUUGCUUAAUGCUCUGAUCCGUAAGUGAAUAGGGCUGAACAGUUCAGCCUUGAAGGUUAGAAUUUAGCAAGAACUAUCCUGACUUAAUAUCCAGUUGUGGGGGUUGCAAAACAGAACAGCUGUAUGUAAUCAUUGCCACUAGUCCCAUCUAGAACUCCUUUCUAGUUUGUCAUUUUUUAAAUGUUUAAACCACCAAAAUAAAUAGCUUCUCCGUGCAUUUAGGGCCAUGACAGCUGACAGCUCCAGACCUGCAUCCUCCCAGCUUGGGGCCCUGAAUGAAAGGUUUCUUCCCUUCCAGUUCUAAUUUGGAAACUCCCAAAGUUCUCAAUGGUUUGUUGUGAGUUCCAUGUCCUCUUGGGUCAGUUACUAUGGCCAUGCGUGUUUAGUCACAUGAUUAAUCCAGUCUGGGUCAUGACCUUUUCUUCAUCCAAAACAAAAUGGUGGGAAGACGAAAACAAUAGCUACUACAAACAAUAGGAGUUUAUAAUUAUGUGCUGAUGUAUUCGAAGAUGUGUUGACAGUAGUGAGUGUGUAUCCUAGGAAAGGCGAGCUGGACUCUGUCUCCAUGGUGGCUCUCACCCCAGGGACCUAGGAACAACCUGUCACCACAUAAUUACUUUUAUAACCCUAGAGAAGAAAAUCUCCUUAUCCUUAGAAUACUUCCAGAACAGCCAGAUGGGAAGGACCUUGGCUGGGACUCUUUCCAGUUCACUUGGGGCAGAGGGAAUUUAUGGCUCAUAUAGCUGAAAAAGAUGGGCUAGAUUGGGCUUCAGGCUGCAUCCCAGGACUCCAAACUGGGAUCUGUCUCUUUGGCUCUCAGCUCUGCUUUCAUUUCAGUUGGCUUUAUUCUCGGGCUUCACAGUGUGGCCCCACAGCACCAGUUUUUGAUAAAAAGAGCUCCCCUUUGCUGACAGAACUGCUGGAUUUGGUUCUCAUUGGUCCAGACGAGGAAGGUAUCCAGCCUCAAGUCAUCAUUGUAGCCAGGAAGAUGGAAUACACUGAAUGGACAGGCCUGGCAUGUACCCACAGAGACUGAGAGUUGGUGUUGGUGGUUGUGGCAGAUGAUAUUACCUGAAGAAGGGAUGAAUGGGUGCUGGGCAGGAAAAAGCAUCAGCUGUCCAGUUCAGGCCUCUCCUCUUUCCCUGGUGUCUUCAUUUUCCUCCCUCUCCCUGCUGUCCCUUAACCCUCUGCCCAGUCUCUCAUUACUCCUGGUCUUGGGAGGUGCCUUCUGAGGAUACUCCACUGGGGGUACCUGAGCCUGGAUUAGAGGGCAGGGGGAGAAUACUGCCUAGCCAAAGUGGGUGUUCAAUAAAGAACCAUUUGGAGAUGGU